GGCCUGACUUUCGUGAGUACAAUCCAAAAUGGUCACCGCUGUGAAAUCCAAGAUGAUCGCCAGGGCGCUUUUCUUCAUGGUGGCUCUGCCUGUCCUAGUCGUUGCGGUAAUAGAAGGCGAUGUUGCAGGAGACCGAUUCAGCAAAGCCGAUAAACAGAAGAUUCUGGACCUCCACAAUGAGUACAGGGCGAAGGUCGCCCGAGGUCAGGAGGGUGGGCAGCCACAAGCAGCCGACAUGAUCGCAUUGGAAUGGGACGACCGCCUUGAGGGAAGUGCCCAGGGCUGGGCAAACGGAUGCAGAGCUGGUCACAACAGCGCCGAUGUCAGAAAGUUUGAACCAUACAUAUUCGUUGGACAGAGCUACACAUACAACUACGGAUUAGUAAAGUCAAUGGAGAUAUGGUACGAUGAAGUAAAAAACCCUGGCUAUAGGUAUGGAGGUCAGUUCGGAGGGGCUGGUCAUUACACUCAGAUGAUAUGGGGCCCAACUACAAAGGUCGGAUGUGCGUAUAAAAAGUGCGGCAGUGAGGCUAUGGUUGUAUGUGAAUUUGCCCCAGGAGGUAAUCUAAACUGGGCAGGCACUCCUGACAAAACUUACAAGAGAGGCAGCCUUUGCUCUGCCUGUCCAGCUGGUUAUGGCUACUGUAUGGACGGGGCGCUCUGUGCAUCUGAUCGCGCCUGCAAGAACAGUGAUUCGAACUGUGAGUGCAAAGUGAGUUCAUGUCAGAAUGGCCAAUUCAACAGGGAAACGUGCACCUGCACGUGCAACGCUGGAUGGAGGGGAGCUUCUUGUAAUGAGCAGUGCUCCAACGGGGAUAACUGUCCCCGUCCUGACGGACCAGCCUCAGAUAAGGAUAAAUUCUGUAGAUGGAACUCUCAGUCAUGGAUGUGGAUGAUGAAGGAAUGCCCCGGCACCUGCGACAGAUACUGCAAACCACUCCCUGAUUUGGGUGGAAACCAUAAUUCACAAGGUCUGAAAGUCAAUGUCAAGGUAGUUGAUAGGUCCUCAGGUGGGGCCACGUCACCCCCAAAAGGCAACUGUAACGAUGCUGACAGUCGGUGUGAGGCUUGGGCCUCUAAUGGAGAAUGCCAGAAGAAUCCUCGUUACAUGUUGGUGUCAUGUGCCAGUUCAUGUAACUCGUGCCCAGGUAACUGCCCAAACAAGCAUCAAGGAAGCGAUUGUGAUAGUUGGGCGGCGAGUGGUGAAUGCACCCGGAAUCCUGUUUGGAUGAGCGACAACUGCGCGCGGUCGUGCAAUACAUGUUAACUCGGCGAUAAUUUGGAUACCAGGAGCUCGAUCUUCUUGGCGGACGGAAAUUGAUAGAAAACAUUGAAAUUAUAUCCUAAUUCUUCUCUCACCACGAUGUUGUAUCUUAAAAAUCGAGAAUAUAAUGAAUGAAAAGUUA